GAAAUUGAUAUUUUUCAACACACAAUUCAAGUUCAAAUUCAUGUUAACAUUGCAUUUAAUAAUCUAUUCAUACAAAAACAUCUCAAAAGAGAUGUAAAUUCCAGUGAAUGAGGAACAAAAUGUGUAGUUCUACUGUUACAUUAAUUUAAGUUGCACUUGAAAGGACAAAAUAUUUAAACAAUGUUUUUUUUUGUUUUAGUUUUGUUUCACCUGGCAUUGCUUUGGGAGAAUUGUGUAUGUGAAUCCAAGUGUGAAAUUUACAAACGUACUGCACACUGUGAACAAAGGAAUUUAACAGAUGUUCCGAGACGAUUGCCGGAAACAAUUCAAAGACUGGACUUGAGCAAAAACAACAUUAAGGAAAUAGAAUCUAAUGCUUUCGCACGUUACCAAUUACUUCAAUAUAUAAGUUUACACGGAAACCAGCUCACAACGAUGCAGUGCAGUUCAUUCAAUGGAUUAACUAGACUUACUACACUCGAUAUAAGCAAUAACAAAUUGAAUAUUUCAACAGAACAUACGGCCAGUGACGUAUUCAAUAAUUUGAUAUCAUUACGUAACCUUGACAUCAGCAGAAAUUACAACAGUUUUAAUUAUUAUUAUCCGUUCCUAGGAAACCUCAUUAACUUGCAAUUUCUUGCUAUGGAUCUUAUUCAUAAUUCUGAUUUCCAAAAUGCAGGCUUGCUAAAUCUGAUUAAUCUAGAAAAACUAGUAUUCGACUAUUGCUAUGUAAAUGAUUUAAAAAAUAGAACGUUUACAUAUUUACCUAGAAAUAUCAAAGAAUUACAUUUUAGAAAAUGCCUCCAUAUCAAAAGUGCAGAGGCAGGAGUCUUGAUGCCAUUGAAAAAGCUCAAGACAUUACACAAAUCUACGAUGUCGCUUUCAGAUGCACUCAUGAUUCUUCGUCCUUUUGAAAAUAAGGAAAUGGAAACAAUUGAGUUCAUAAGGGUGAAUUCUGGUUAUCGUGAGCUACAAUUAUUGGCUUCUCCGGAGGCUGUUAUAUUAACUUCUGAAAUGAUGAGACACUUACAAAAGAUAUGCGUGUCCAAUCUGAUUUUAGCUGAGUGUGGAAUUGUAGACUUUAAACCUAAAUCUCUACUAUACUUUGAUAGACCAGAAUGUCUAAAGAAAGUUGUGUUGUCUGGAAACAGAUUUCCAAUGUUUAAUAAAUUCCAAGAGAUCCUACCACUCACUUACAAAUUGGUAAAUUUAACUUUAUUUGAUUAUUCGUACAAUCCUUUGUCUUAUGCUGGGGAAAUACAGUACAUUCACAAUGAUCAACCUUUUACAAACAUAAACACUGGACUGUUCUUUGACCAAGAUUCGUUGUAUAAUGACGACAAAAACGCAUUAGAAAAAAAUUCAUAUACAUCAACGAAAUACAUUGAUCGAAGAUAUUAUACUGCAACUCAAGAAUAUGUAGAGAAAAGCCAGGCUGCAGCAUUUCGUUUAAAAUUACCCGAAAACUUGCAUACAUUAAGACUAUCACAUUUCCUUAGAAAACUAGAAUUUAAAGGGAAAACUUUAAUUCUGACGGCUCCAAAUUUACAGUAUCUUGACAUUAGCUACUUUAAUGUUGAUUGGUUUCCGAUAAUACAAUUUGAUGGGCCAAAUAAGCUGCGGUUUAUCAACUUUUCAGGCACAAAAUCGUCAAUUUUUUCAUUACCAACAUCGAUUCCAGAACUAGUAAAUACAACAAAUGUUAAAAUGGAAUAUGCUAGACUAGGUCGCAUGUUUCAAAAAUAUCCAAACGCCUUACAAUUUAUCCCAUCAGUUGAGGUAUUGGACAUUUCAAAUAAUAAUAUAUGGUUUCUACCGGAAGAUGCCUUUUUGAACAACACAGAAAUACAAAACCUCAGCAUAUCAUAUAAUCUGCUUUAUGACAUACCAAAGGCAGUUUUAUCUCUUUCGAAUUUACAGUUGCUUGAUAUUCAUAACAAUUUUAUUCAAUCAAUUAAUGAAACAGUACGCAAAUGGCUUGAACAACAAAACUUAAAGUAUGGAAAUACAUUUCAACUUUUUCUUAAGGGAAACCGUUUGAAAUGUACGUGUGAUACUCGAGAUUUUCUUGAAUGGAUCACCAAAACUAAUAUAAGUUUGGAUAUACCUAAAAGAGGUUACAGGUGCACGCUGAGAAAUGGUACAGACAUGACUAUUCCAGAAGUGAUGCAGAAAUAUCAUGAACUAUUUAUAGACUGCAACAGUGGGCAUUGGCUCCGAAUAGGAAUAGCUCUACUUAUUUCGUUUGUUGUGUUAACUAUACCACUUGCCCUCGCAGUAAAUUUCAGAUGGCAACUUGCUUAUUGGAUUUAUAGAAGAUUUAGAUUAGUUAUCGAGGAAAGAAUGAAGUUAAAAUCUAAAUAUGACAUAUAUAUAUCCUACGGUGACCAAAGUUUAAACUGGACAGUAAAUACUCUAAUAUAUAAACUUGAAAAAUCAUGGAAGAUGAUCACGUGCUUAGACGACCGGGACAUUCUUGGUGGAGAAAUAUGCUCUGAUGCAAUUGCAGAUUCUAUAAGUAAUAGCAGGAACGUGAUUUUUGUUAUAGAUGAUUCAUUUCAAGAUCGUAUAUGGGGGAAGUUUGAAAUACAAAGAGCAAAAUACGAAAAAUAUGCCGGAAAUCUGCAACACAUCAUUAUAAUAAAAAAGCACGACAUUACAGUGCAAAACUUUCCUUCUGAACUUAGUCAGAUUUGGGAUGAUGUUAUAUUUAUUGAAUGGCUUGAUAAUGAAGAUAACGUUGGAUGGGACAGGUUGAGAAUUGCCCUUUUCCAAAAGGUGCUAUAAGUUUUUUGUUACACCGUUAUGCCGACGUAUAUUUUUGCUACACUGUACAUUAUAUUCUGACAGAAACUGAUAUGCUAUUCAUUACGUUUUGUCUUUUCCUUUGCGUAAAAGCCAGUCUCAGAGUAAGAUAACCAUGAGUAGAUUAUUAAAAGCUCGUGAUUCCA